GGUAAAAUAAAAGUACACAUACACUCCAUAUAAUAAUCUGAUGCAUGUAAAAGAGACCAGAGCAUCGCCAUGUCGACCACGUGUCCCAUACGCAAUUAUUAUGUGGAUUCUUUGAUAAACCAUGAGAGCGAGGACGUGCUGGCGUCGCGGUUCUCAGAGCUUCCCCCCACCCGCUCGCGUCAGACGACAGUAGUACCAGAGUGCCCCGAUUAUCCCUCCUGCAGUUUUGCGCCGAAACCUUCUGUCUUUUCCUCCUCCUGGGGCCCAGUUCACUCCCAAUCCUCAGUGGUCUACCACCCAUACACCCACCAACCUCACGUUGGAAUGGACUCGAGGUAUGUUCGCUCAUGGCUGGAGCCCAUAUCUGGAACAGUAUCCUUUCCAGGCUACCCGGCUAACUGCAGACACUACGGACUCAAACCCGAUGGUUUCCCUCAGCCCAGUACCGGAGACUGCAUCACCUCCAACAGUCGCGGUUACCCAGACUAUUUCUACAACACCUGCGUGGACAUCCGAGACAAGGCCCAGCAGAUAGUCCCUUCUCCAGAGUCGGAGGUUUUGGCUUCCGGGAAGCACAAAGACGAAAAGACAGAAUUCGACCCAAGCAACCCGGUGGCGAAUUGGAUACACGCUCGUUCAACGAGGAAGAAACGGUGUCCUUAUACAAAAUAUCAGACUCUCGAACUCGAAAAAGAGUUUUUGUUCAAUAUGUACCUUACCAGGGACCGUCGAUAUGAGGUCGCUCGGGUUCUUAAUUUGACCGAGAGACAGGUCAAAAUUUGGUUCCAAAAUCGGCGAAUGAAGAUGAAGAAAAUGAAUAAAGAGAAGACAGAAAGCAAUGAGCAGUAACGUGCUGUAUGGACAAAUUGACUUGUACACGUUCAGAAAAAUGUCACUCAUGUUCUCUCCUCUCCAUUGGUCUCUCCUCUUGAGAGCUACUGUUUUCCCUUUUGAUCUGAUAUAAUUGAGAUCUAUAGGCCUAUUCUUGACAAAGUAGCACAUUGCAAAUUGGGGCCACGUCUCUCUGUGACAGUAUGCAGCUUGUUUUGACUAUUUAUCCUUUAUUACGGCUUCAUAGUCAAGACAGGAAUAGGACAUUAGUAAAGAAAUGUAUAGGGUCACGUUGGAUAACUGUGUAUAACAAAACCUGUGUAUUUUUGUAGAUGUUGCAUCUUUGGCCUAUUCAAGUUUAAAUUAAUGUUUUGUACACGAAGUACAUGGAACGUGUGUCUUGUGUUUCGUCUAGACCUAUGUGGAUAUAGAUUUUGUUGUAAGGUUUUUAUAUUAUUUUCUCUCGACGCUACACGUUUACGUUAUACUGCAGAUUGUGCUCAUCUUUCUAUCCGAAAUAAUCUAAUUUCCUGUCUUUGUUGGGUCAUUAUUAAAACGUUAAAACCUUACCUUUAUCAUAAAUAUUAACACUUGCAAAAAUGACAUUCUGAGAUGGCUUGACAAGACAGUAGGGUACAAAAAUAUAAUUCGCAGAUGUUGUUGGGAUAUAAGUAAUUCAACAAUUCCAAUAGGCUACAGUCUAGCAUUAGAUACGGACUACUCCUUAUUGAAAGCAGAUGUGUCUUUUAACUCAUUAUUCUUCCUUUUCUAUUUCCUUUUAUAAAGCACGUUUCCUGACCAGU